AUGCCCGCCAACUCGAUCUCGAUAUCGGGCGAAUCGCAAGAACAAACAGCAGCUGGCAGUUUCGGGCCAUCCUCGAUGAACGCAUCGUCAGAUAUGGGCUCUGUCAUGACAGAAGAUGAGGAGGACCUGGAAGAUUACGGCAAGGGCGGGUAUCAUCCUGUGCAUGUCGGAGACACCUUCUCGGACGGGCGGUAUCUCAUCGUUCGCAAGCUCGGAUGGGGUCAUUUCUCCACCGUGUGGCUUGCAAAGGAUAACAAGAUGAAGAGGCACGUAGCGCUUAAGGUGGUGAAGAGCGCGCCGCACUACACAGAGACGGCACUCGACGAGAUUAAGCUGCUUCAACGUCUCGUUUCGGCCAAUCCGAAUCACCCAGGCAGACGACACUGCGUUUCGCUCCUUGACCACUUCCGUCACAAGGGUCCCAACGGUUCGCACGUAUGCAUGGUGUUUGAGGUGCUCGGCGAGAACCUACUUGGUUUGAUCAAGCGCUACCAGCACCGUGGUGUUCCGCCUCACAUUGUCAAGCAGAUCGCAAAGCAGGUGCUCCUCGGUCUCGAUUACAUGCACCAAGAGUGUGGCAUCAUCCACACUGAUCUCAAGCCCGAGAACGUGCUCAUCUGCAUCGAGGACGUCGAGGCGGUCGUAGAGGCCGAGUUGCGGUCCAAUCCAGCCGCGGUGCCCACAAAGCUGGUCGGUGUCCCGCCGAGUCAAGGCCGCGGUGGCACGCAGACACCCAGGCGAGACGGCAUCUUCAUCACCGGCUCUCAGCCUUUGCCUAGUCCUAGCAGCAGUCUAGGCUCAAGUCCUAUGUUCGACAAGUGGGCAUUCGGCAUGUCCAAGAUUGACAAGCCGAGCAUCAGCGAUAGCGAGAAUGGCUUCCGCAGUGGCGCGAGCAGCGAGGCCGCCGGAUCGAAGGGUGGGUCUCUCGCAAACAGCAAAGAGAGGGAGAACUCGUCCGACGGGGUGGCUCACGGCAUCUCGCAGCUCAGUACUCAGGGAUCGAGCAGCUUGCCUGCGGACUCCUUUGGCAGCAGGAUGACCACAGGCGCGCCUCAGCAGAAGGGCCCUUCGCUGCUCUCGCUGGGAGCACCACGUGUACCGCAAGCAUCCGAGUCAACCGCGACAGGUCAGCAAGCUGAUGCGACGGCCGACCCUACCGAUUCGCCUUCUCCCAUGUCGAUGGACUCGCCUAGCCCUCCCGACCGCCAGGAGGCAACACCCAUGGACCAGGAAAUGCAUCAACCAGCGGUCGCAGCCGGAGAUCCCAACACGCUUCCUCCUCCGCCGCCGUACGACCCGAGCUCGCUGGAGCGCAUUACGGUCAAGAUUGCCGACUUGGGCAAUGCGUGCUGGGUAGACCACCACUUUACCAACGAUAUUCAGACACGGCAGUAUCGAUGUCCCGAGGUCAUCUUGGGUGCAAAGUGGGGUCCCAGCGCUGACAUGUGGUCGGCAAGCUGCAUGUUUUUCGAGCUGUUGACCGGCGACUACCUCUUUGAUCCUGCCGCGGGCACAAAGUACAAUAAGGACGACGACCACGUUGCCCAGAUCAUCGAGCUCCUUGGCGACUUCCCCAAGAGUCUUGCGUUCGCCGGCAAGUACAGCGCCGACAUUUUCAAUCGACGCGGGGAGCUCCGACAUAUCCACAAGCUGCGGUUCUGGCCGCUGAUCUCGGUGCUGCAGGAGAAGUACCUGAUGCCGUACAACGAGGCCAACGAGCUGUCGUCUUUCCUGAUGCCGAUGCUUCGAUUGCAUCCCGAGAAGCGAGCCGGAGCGCGCGAACUGCUGGAUCACACUUGGAUCGAUGGCAUCGUCGUGCAAGGCGAGAUCGAACAGGCCAUGAGGCAAGCAGGCAUCGAUGUAGAGGCCUUGACAGCUGGAAGUCCUUCGGGACGCACGCUGCCGCCGGGAUUGACGCCAAGCGAAGCGGAUGCGCUGAAGCCUGUCGGUUCGGUCUCGAGCAGCCCAGCAGCGACCAUGUCUCUGAACAUGCAAGGACUCGAGGACGCGAAGCGUCGCGCAGCGCAGCACCAGGCCGAGGCAGCCGCAGCCGCCGGCGGUCCGAAUGGCGUAGAUGCUUCCAAUCACACUAGCGCAACAUCAUCGGCACUCCCGACACCUUCGCACAGCAGCUCGCGAGAUCCCGUGCACGCGUUGCAGGCGGAAGCGCUCGAACGAUCCGCGUCGUCUGACGGCGCAGGAGAAUCGCACAUGACGGUCAAGGGAGCCGGCGAUGACUCGGGCAUCCGAUCCGUGUCGACGCCUAAGCUUUCGGCGCAGCAGGCAGCUUCGCAAGGUCCGGGCAGCUCGACGAAUCGCGAUCCAGGUAGUCCUUCGCCGCAGGGUUUGCCGCGACCAGUCGCCACCACUGUGCAGUAG